UGGAUGGCCAGGAUGUAUAUCUCCUGCUCAGCCAAGCUGUACUUGCGGCUGUCUGGCUGCUGACUCAGCUCGUACAAAGAGGGGACAGUAUAAUGAUGGGGGUCCCACUCCUGUACAGUAUACAGCAGCUAUGCACGGUUGUAUAGAGCACAUAGGGCUGCAUUUGUCAUUCUGUGCGCCCCUCGCACCGAAUGAUAGAUGCCUCACACUGCCCAAGCCAGCAAGACGCAGGCUUAUAAACCAGUUCCUAGUUGACGCAGCCUUUGUGCCAAACUGUGCAACUUUUAAAAAUGUUUUCAAAACUCGCACAUAAUACAUCCUAGUGUAAAUAAUAUGCCAGGAUGAAAACACCUCCUUCUUGCACGGUAGACAUUUUCACCACUAAAAAUUACAUUCAUUCAUGUGGCGCACUAAGAGCACCACCCCAGAGAGGGGUUUAUGCUCCAAGAGGAGCUUAAUACAUGAACCCCUUGGAGUGUGCUAAUACAUUGAUGGCACAUUUCUUCAGUUAAAAGUAAUGAAGGCAUUUAUUUAUUCCAUAUGCUAAAGGUUCUUAUGGUACUAAGUGCCUUAUAAGUAGGUCAAAUAAGAAAGCAGUUGUCUGAGCCUUGCUAAGUCCUCUGGAAUAACACAUCUCAGUUGGAAAGCAGCUUAUAAAAGCUGACUGAGCUGCUUCACAUCACACCAACAUGUGCUCCUCUGAAGAACUUGAAUAUCCGCAAAAAAUUCUUGACUAUACAUAUGGAUUUUUAGUCUCAAAGACCAUGUUUACAGCAUGUGAACUGGGAGUUUUUGAUUUACUACAUGAAGCACAGGAGCCAAUUCCUGCUGCAACAAUCGCUUCUCGCUUGGGCACCAGUGUGGAUGGGAUGGAGCGGAUGCUUGAUGCCUGUGUUGGACUGAAACUUUUAAAAUUUGACUUGAAAAAUAAUGAAGGUUAUUAUUCCAAUACUGAUGUUUCGACUAUGUACUUGGUCAAGUCCAGCCCUAGGACACUCUAUCACAUGAUGAUGUACUAUUCCAAUACCAUAUAUAUGUGCUGGCACUUCAUACCACAAGCUGUAAGAGAAGGAAAAAGUCAGUAUGAAAGGGCUUUUGGGAUAUCUUCAAAAGAAGUGUUUGAAGCGGUUUACAGAUCAGAAGAGGAAAUGUUAACUUUCAUGCAUCAUAUGGACUCAAUAUGGAAUAUCUGCGGAAAAGAUGUUAUCCACGCUUUCGACCUCUCUGUGUUCCACACAGUCUAUGAUCUUGGAGGAUGUUCAGGGGGUCUUGCAAAACAAUUUGUAUCUACAUAUAAAGAUUCAACAGUCACCAUUAUGGACCUGCCAAAGGUUGUGCAAACAGCUAAGAAACAUUUUGUAACCGAUAAAGAGCAGCAGAUACAUUUCUUUGAAGGUGACUUCUUUAAUGACCCUAUUCCGGAGGCAGACCUAUUUAUUUUGGCCAGGAUUAUUCAUGACUGGACAGAAGAAAAAUGCAUCGCACUGCUAAGAAAGAUUUACCAGUCUUGUAGAUCUGGAGGUGGAGUGCUGAUUGUUGAAGCCCUUUUAAAUGAAGACAAAAGUGGCCCAGUAAUUUCCCAGCUGUUCUCACUGAACAUGUUGGUCCAGACAGAAGGCAAGGAACGGACGCCAUCUGAAUAUACGAAGCUCCUUACAGACUCUGGCUUCAGGGACAUUGAAGUCAAAGCAACUGGAAAGAUAUAUGAUGCAAUACUGGGAAGGAAGUAGGGAUAAAUGUAAUUUUCUUAUGGAACUGACUGCAAUUUAUUACAAAUGAGUGGUUUAUUGUGUUAAUUCUCUAUGAAUAUUAGUAGUACAUUUUAUCCUUUCAUGCAUUUUUUUGUACUGAAACAUAAAUUUAAAUAUUGUAACGUGUCUGUCUGGUAAUAAAACAAAUGGAUAGAAUCCUUCAGAUGUUUCAAAGAAAAUAUCCAGUAGAUGUCACCAGUGUUUAAAUUUUUAGAUUUUAUGUAGCUGUUUUGUGUGAUAGAUAGACAGACAUGAAGUACAUUCUAGGUUUGCAAUAAUGUGUAAUGCUGUAGAAACAAUUUGUAAGCACAUGUAAGAUAAAAUUGUGUUGGUACUGUCCCUUCCUAUUAAUUUACAUCCUGAAAGAAUUGGUUCUAAGUGUCGUCUCAUGACAUACAACCUCUUUCAUAUUGGUGUUCUAAUGGUUAUCUGAUUUUAGGGCAGGUUAGGGCUGAACAGCUAUAUUCAAUCUUACAGGGGUACUCUGCCCCAAAGGAGAGAGGAUAAGAUGUCUGAUCG